CACAACCGUCUUUCUCUCUGCCUCCUCCGUGUGCCUACCUUUGCUGGUCUCGGCUCUGCCGCGGCUCCAAAGCAGGUGAAAAUGGCAGGGUCCACUUACAGCGAGGACCGCUACUAUGCAAAGAUAGCUUCUAUUCAGCAAAACAUGCGUAAGAGUGAGAAGCGCAGACUGGAGCUGGAGAGGGAGAUGUUUGCUUACUCCAGAUCAGACGCAAGAAACUUGCAGAUAAAGUGUUCCAAACUGCGCAGCUAUCUCAAAGAAAUCUGUGGCAGGGAAGCACAAGCGAAAAUGAGAAACCUUCAGCUUAAGAGAGAUGUGGAGUGCAUGGAAAUUAGCAUGGAGUACAGUUCUGACCAUGGAACCCUGCAACAACAAAAGGCUGACUUCUUGGAAAAGAUUUUCAGAUUCACUGAAGCGAGCAGCAAGACAGAGGAGCUGGAAGGAGCAAAGAGUAAAGCUGUGCAAAGACGACAGUGGGACAACAGCAAGAACUUUAAGCAAGUGGAAAUUUUUAUGGACCGCCAGACCUCCAGGGACUAUGAUGCCGAAGCUGGCACCACAAGUGUACACUCACACCAAGCAUUGCAGCGUUCGCCCAAUCGCAGCGUUCAGCCGUGCGAACGUCUACCGAGUGGCCUUUUGAAGGACUUCAGAGUUGGCGGAGAGGAUGCCGCCAGUAAGCGAGCGCAUUUAUCAGAUGACAUUUCAAGCUCAAACGAUUCCCCUGACGGCUGUAAUUUGAGUGACAAACAUGAAAGAGUGUCGGGGCUGCUCCCAUCUGCUCGUGCCUCAACAGCGGCAGCUGGUUGUGUGACUUCUGCAAGUGAUGAUGAACGAGAAGCUUCACCUCUGGUGACCUUGACGAGGUCUGAGAAGAAUCCAUUUCCCAGCAACGGUAACCCUGCGAUGGCUAAGAAUCCCGCUACAGAACCCACUGACUCCCAAGAGGUGGCUCGCAAGCCUCUCAUAAUGGGAGAUGAAGAGAGAGGUCUUAGCCAUUUGAAGUCUGAAACCACUUUCAGAAAAGGAGCUCAAGAGACAUCAGGAAAAUGUGAGAGUGUUGGAGAAUCAUGCUCAGAUGUGCAGUUGUCAGAGAGCAGUUCCAGUGACCUGACAAUUUCUUUGACACAAUCGGAGCUUGAGGAGGAUUUACCAGCGGAGGCAGCAUCAGAGAGAAAUGCCUCUUGCAGAGGAAGUGGUGAUCACAAACAGCAUCGUACUGAUUCAUCCCCCCACUCUGAUGAGUCUAAGAACACAGAACGGUUAAAUAGUGAAUCCUCAACACCGGGGGUGACUUUGAAAAGCCUCUCCCUGGAAGGACUUUUUAAUCUGCUAGACAGCAUCGAAGGGCGACUCCACGACGAGCAGAGCCACGUGUACAGAGAUUCCUCAAUAGAUGGGAGACAACUCAAUAGGAUUAUCAGCCUUUGUGACGAUGGAGCGGGCUUGAUUGACGAGGACCUUGAAGCAUGUGGAACUGUCGUCCUUCAUGAGCUUCGGAGGUUGUCAUGGAGCACGGAGAAGGGCUGCGUGCUGCCACAGGAGCUGGUGAGAGCGCAUCAGUCUAACACUGAGCCUAAUGAAAUAAGCACCAGCCUCCCUCCCAAUGCGGCUCGGCUGUGGGAUCGCUGGUUCAAGCACGCCCUUGUGCUCAAGGAGAGCCGUGUCCUCAGCACUGAGCGCCUGGUCCAACUGUUUACGCCGCUUCUGCUGGAGCGUGAUGCCGACUACAGCCAGCAGGCCAAAGUGUUUCUGAGGGCACUUCUCUCCCGGUCCAGUGAGGAGGGCCCCUCGGCAGAGGAUGAGAGUGACUCUUCUUCUUUGUGCAAUAAUUCCUCCGCCUUGGCCGUCGCAGACGUGGAGCCCUCCCGAUCGGUAUGCCCGCAAAACAUCCAAGAACUACAAAGCACUGAAGAGGACAGCCAGGACAAAAGCCUGGUGGAAAGUGGUCCUAUUAGAGAGACAAAAGCAUACAAGUUACUUAAACAGUCAGCCAUGCAGAAAAGACUGCCGAGUUCUGAAGAGGAGGAGGAGGAAAGCAGCUUUUCGGGAAUAAAUCAUGGCCAUGAAGAGGACCUGGGGAGGGCCAAACGCUCCUCACAUCAAGACCCUUACCCUCGGAAAGGAAGCUCAAAGGUUUAUUCUGCUUUGCAAACAAAAGACUUUUGGCAGGAAUCUGAUGACAGCGACUUCGAGAUUGAAGCAGCCCUACGUCCUCCAACUUUCAGCGCAAACAGUGAUGGCACCGAUGACUUUUAUCAUUGAUAUUUCUGCAAUGCUCCGUAUUAUAUCAGUGUGAGACAUAAUACACUGUCUCAAUAGACAUGUGGCGGAUCGGCUCUUAGUUAUUCACCCCCUGACCAUACUUUUAUUGGUCUGCAUUCUAAAUCAUAUGCACAGCAUAUUGUAAAAACAAAUAAUAAAGUUGACAGCUCUCACGCUGGAUAAAGUAUGUGAAGAGUUGUCCAACGCUCUGAUGUUAA